CUGUGAUGACGUCGAUUCGGUUUUAUUCUGUGUUUACAAUGGCGGCUAUGUGUUAGCUAGCUAAAUGAAGGAAAAUUAAUUUAUACCAAAUCACCGAUUAUCUGAUAUUUUAAAAAAUUAAGCGUGAAAAAUAUUUUUUGUAGUCCAUUAGGUUAUAUACAGUUUUCGCACAAUGACGAAUAGAACAGCAUAUUUUUAUGACCCGGACGUGGGGAACUUUCAUUAUGGUGCGGGACACCCGAUGAAACCUCACCGUCUCUCCCUUACGCAUAGUCUUGUUCUGCACUAUGGCCUCUAUAAAAAGAUGAUGGUGUUCAAGCCAUAUAAAGCUUCCCAGCAUGAUAUGUGUCGGUUCCACUCUGAGGAUUACAUAGACUUCCUGCAGAAGGUCAGCCCUAACAACAUGCAGGGCUUCACCAAGAGUCUCAACACCUUCAAUGUGGGAGAUGACUGCCCUGUGUUUCCUGGCCUGUUUGAGUUCUGCUCCAGGUACACUGGGGCCUCUCUUCAGGGAGCAACGCAAUUAAACCAUAAGAUAUGUGACAUCGCCAUAAACUGGGCUGGGGGUCUGCAUCACGCCAAGAAAUUUGAGGCCUCUGGAUUUUGCUAUGUGAACGACAUUGUCAUCAGUAUACUGGAACUAUUGAAAUACCACCCGCGCGUCCUGUACAUCGACAUCGACAUCCACCACGGCGACGGGGUGCAAGAAGCCUUCUACCUGACGGACCGCGUCAUGACCGUGUCCUUCCACAAGUACGGGAACUACUUUUUCCCCGGAACAGGUGACAUGUACGAGGUGGGGGCGGAGAGCGGUCGGUAUUACUGCCUGAACGUUCCGCUCCGCGACGGGAUCGAUGAUCAGAGCUAUAGGCAGCUUUUCCAGCCUGUCAUCAAGCAAGUGGUGGACUUCUACCAGCCCACCUGCAUCGUUCUCCAGUGUGGCGCCGACUCCCUGGGGUGUGACAGGCUGGGCUGUUUUAACCUCAGCAUAAGAGGCCAUGGGGAAUGUGUGGAGUUUGUGAAGAGCUUCAAGAUCCCGCUGCUGGUGCUCGGAGGAGGAGGGUACACCGUGCGCAAUGUGGCCCGAUGCUGGACCUACGAGACCUCUCUGCUGGUGGAGGAGUCCAUCAGUGACGAGUUGCCCUACAGUGAGUACUUUGAGUAUUUUGCCCCAGACUUCACGCUCCACCCUGAUGUCAGCACCAGGAUAGAGAACCAGAACUCCAGACAGUACCUGGAGCAGAUCCGCUCCACGGUUUUUGAGAACCUGAAGAUGCUGAACCACGCCCCCAGCGUCCAGAUCCACGACGUUCCCUCGGACCUGCUGAGCUACGAGCGAACGGACGAGGCCGAUCCUGACGAACGGGGCUCGGAAGACAACUAUUCCAGGCCAGAGGCAGCUAACGAAUUCUACGACGGUGACCACGACAACGACAAAGAGAGCGAUGUGGAGAUCUGAUUGGUCGGCGCCGCUGAGGGCGUUUCCCUCUGUGAGGACUGCAGUUAGGGGGAGGAGUCCGCCAGCAGGCAUCACUAAUCGAACAGUAGAUGAACCAUGAACAUUGUCUCUCUCCCUACACACAAAAGACUAUGUCCUCUUUACAUCAAGUUGACUCGACUGCAGUGUUAACCAGUGAGGUGGUGAUGGGCACCAUCAGAAAACCUUUCAGUUUUGUCCUUUUUUUUUUGUAUGUACACGUAUAGUUGUUUUAAAUAUGUAACGGACCCCCCUCCCCCCACCGAAAUAGUACGGCCUUCUACUGUACGAAGCACUUCCCCCCCCUCCACCCCCCAGACAGCUGAUUGACCCGUUUAAUGCGAAGAGGUGAAAAGGUGGCCUUACUUGGACAAAGUGAGUCGAGUUAUAGACCCGUGUGUGUUUUUCGAAGGUCUCUGUUGAAAUCCCGUUGUCUCUUCCUGAGGUGACGCCGGACGGGGAAGAGGGGGCGUCGUCGCCCCCCCCGUUCCCAAGGUUAAAGUUCACAGGAACGGUUUCGGUAAUCAGUGCUUUCACCCCGGACAGUCACAGCGUGCAGCGUAGACCAAGUGUCAGUCUAGCACAGCCAGCAGUCUAUCUUAACGGGCAGGUCACAACAGACAACCUUCCGCUAUGUAUACGUAUAUAUAUAUAUAUCAAGUCAGAAUGUUUGUUUAAAAUUUUUUUGUUUUUUAUUGACAAGAAUACUGUUUUGUAACAAGAAACGCAAAUAAAUGGGGAUGAACAACCCAAAGGAUUUAA